CACGCUUCCUCCGUAGACUUCCUGUUUUUCAUGACCCCGUCCUUCAUAGAACCCAAUUGCUCUGUAUUUUACCGAAAUUAGUCUGUCUACAAUGGCGAAGCUCAGCAAAGAGACCAAACAGCGACUGCAGACGGUGUUCCAAGCCGGACAGUUUGUAAUCCGGUGGGGUUUCAUCCCCACGGUGCUCUACCUAGGUUUCAAGAGAGGGGGUGAUCCUGGUAUGCCUGAACCCAACAUCCUGAGUUUGCUGUGGGGCUGAGGUCCAUCCUGUCUUCUGACCAUUCCUAUUGCUUAUUUUAGUCCCAGCUGUCAUCAGAGAUUUGGACACCAUCUCGCCCUCACCGAUUUUUAUGUGGUACAAUUAUCAUAGAUGUUGGAAUCAUCAUUGUCACUGGAGCAUUUAUUUUCUUGUAUUUAAUAUGGUAAUUACGGUCCACAUAAAUGGAAAGACCUGCUGGGUCAGACACUUAAAGCUCUGACAUUUCUCUCACUCUGAAGUUCCAAAUGGAUGUCUUAUUUUUAAUCAGCUUUACUGCUGUGUGACACCUUUUUCCUGUUCUUUGGAAAUAUCCAAACCCAUUUUGUCUUUUCAUUUGUUCAUGGAUCUGUAUGUCUCUGUUAAACCUUCCUUUGUAACAAGACUGUCCAUUUCUUCGAAGAGAAGCUGAAUUUUUGUCUAUAAAUCACCUUUGCCCUGAAA